UUCCUGUCUUCAACAUCAUCCACGCUAAUAGCUCCACAGUAUGCUGUAUUUCAAGUCUUCCGUCGAAACCUCCUCCAAGUAUGAGAUCUCAGCAGCCUUACCAUUACUCACGACUCGAAGGAGCAGACGCUAUCAGGCUGGUCGUCAUUCAGCCUUCCACGGACCUUGCCGCGCCAGUUCAAUGUUCGCUCCUCCACGCUUCACUCGUAGAAUGCGAGGAUGACAUCGUUGAUCAUUAUGUUGCCCUCUCAUAUGUUUGGGGUGACCAGAACAAUCGCCGCGCCAUCGAGGUAGACAGGAGGACUCUCAACAUCACAGCCUCGCUCGAUGAAGCACUUCGGCAUCUUCGAGAUCAUCGUAACACUCUGUGAGUAUGGGCAGACGGAGUUUGUAUCAACAAAAAAGAUGUUGAGGAAAGAAAUGAGCAAGACAGGCUGAUGGGAAGAGUCUACGAGCAUGCCGCUCAUACGAUCGUUUUUCUUAGACUAGCGAGCCAAGAAACAGACCUUCUGUUUAAUAUUUCCAAAUCUUUACGGCCACCAGGACAACUGGGGCACAGCAGGGCUUUCCUGGAACAAUUUAGGGGGCUAUCGAUCCGUG